ACAACGCGGGAAGCUUUGGUGUCGUCAAGACUUUACUUCUGGUAACUUGACGAAGGCGGUGCCAAGUUACUCUUAUUGAAGAUUCGUUAGAGUACAUCGAACCUGGAUAAGAUAAACAGUCCGAUUGACGUUUUGGCAUUUUUUUUUUGUAUCCGCUAAUUGAUUUUAAGGUUUACAAGGAAUUAAGUAAUCUAUGGGAGUUUGCAAUGGACGAAAGUUCCAUGGAGAAUUUUCAGAAAAUUGAAAAGAUUGGUGAAGGAACUUAUGGAGUUGUUUAUAAAGCUAGAGAAAAAAUAUCGGGCAAGCAUGUUGCACUGAAGAAAAUUCGCCUCGAUGCUGAAAGUGAAGGAGUUCCAAGCACUGCCAUACGCGAAAUUUCUUUGCUGAAAGAACUUGACCACCCAAAUGUUGUCAGACUGCUGGAUGUUAUACAUUGUGAUAUGAAGCUUUAUUUGGUUUUCGAGUAUUUGACAAAGGACUUAAAGAAAUAUAUGGACUCUUUCCCAAGCAAUGAGCAAAUUAAUCCUGCACUUAUAAAGAGCUAUAUGUUUCAGCUGUUGUCUGGGAUAUCUUACUGUCACUCACACAGAGUACUUCAUCGUGAUCUGAAACCACAAAAUUUGCUAAUAGAUAUGCAAGGAAAUAUUAAGUUGGCAGAUUUUGGUCUGGCUAGAGCAUUUGGAGUUCCUGUCAGAACAUACACACAUGAGGUAGUUACACUGUGGUACAGGGCACCAGAGAUCUUGUUGGGCAGUCGAUUCUAUUCCACACCAGUUGACGUAUGGAGCUUGGGGUGCAUUUUUGUAGAGAUGGUUAGAAGACAGGCUUUAUUCCCUGGAGAUUCUGAGAUUGAUCAGCUCUUUAGAAUAUUUAGAACUCUAGGCACGCCAGAUGAGACAACUUGGCCUGGAGUGACUAGCUUACCAGAUUACAAAUCAUCAUUUCCCAAGUGGCCUGUGAAAGAUGUAGGGGCUCUAGUGCCAGGUCUGUGUACUGAUGGCAUUGACUUACUACAGAAAAUGUUGACCUAUGAACCCAGUAAAAGAAUCUCUGCCAAGAUGGCAAUACAUCAUCCAUUUUUUCUAGGUGUGUGCAGACAAAGUCCCGAGGGAGAAGCCAUUAAAUAGGAGGUGCAUUUAUUGUCAUGUUACAUGUCUCAUAAUAAUGUUGUGUGUCAGUGGAUGUAGAAACAAGAAUGGACUGUACAACUUUUUACUUUUAUGCAGACGGUGUGUCCAUGAGGGUCAGUAGUGUGUCAUCUUGAAUCAUCUUUCCAAAACUAACUGUGUAGAUAUACUAUGAUCGUUAAACAUUGCAAUAACAAAGCUCAGCUAAGAAUGAAUCAAACCAUAAAACUGAAAAGGUGCAUAUGAAUGCACAUUCUUUGUUCACUGGCACCAUUUGCAUCUUUUAAAUUUCAUGCUUUAAACUUUUUUUAACCAAAUUCUGCUUGCCUCUUUUGUUUUCAUGAGGCUCUCUGAAUUAUGAUUUGAGAUUGUAAAAUAUGACAUUAUAGGGUUAUCUCUCAAAAAAAUUUUUUUUUUAUUCUGACAUUAAAUUUUUUUUUUUCUUUAUAAAUUCCCUAUAGGAACCCUUUUUGUUUUUGUGUGUGAAGGAUUAAAACUAUGAUUUUUAGAUACAUUUUUCUUAAGGUUAACAAUUUUUUUUUUACUAGAAAAUAUGCAAAAAAAUUUGUCAAUGCGACAUUGUUUUUAUAUACAAUUUCAUUUUUAAACUUGAGUAUAGGCCUGCACAUGUUUUUUUUUAUAACAGUGGGCAUGUUAAUUGUUUCAAACGUAUUCAAACCAAAGCACCUAAAGUGUCCUCUGUAUAAUAUAAUGAAAAACAUGUGAUGUUUUUAACUUAUAUAAUAUAUAAUCAUCAGUAUUUAUUUUCUUGUCUGCAUUCCUUUCAAAUGUAUUUAACUAUUUUUCUUUUUUAAUUCCAUGACUGUAUUGUAAAUUAAAAUGAACACCUCUUGCUAGUCAGACCAGUGCCUUUUAACAUGUUCAAUUCCAAACCACUUCUAUUUGCUUACUUUGUGAAGAGAGCAAGUGGCUUUAUGCAUCUCUGUAUUUUCAUUCACUGAAUCAUUUUGUUUUAUUUGAAAACAUUUUUUUAAAGCUUCUCUGUUGUAAGUCAUGAUAUUGUUUCAAUGUAUGGACAUACAUCAGUAGCUGUCAACAGUAUGGCCCUUUAUGUAUAUUGGUGUGUCAUUGGACAUUUUCAUUAAGCUUUUUUUUUUUUUUAUUUGAUUUUUUUGCUGAAGUGAAUAUUGAAGUGGCUUUUAAGUUUUGAGCAAGUGAAUAAUAACUGCAGGUUAUCUUUAGUUCUACAGUAUGCUCUAAUUGGUCUACUCUUAGCCAAUGUUAAAAAAGGGAUGUCUGAUAAGUUCUGUCUAUGAUCCCUGGUGCAGAUGACGUAAAGCUCAUAUUUCCCUGAGGGUGUUAUCUGACCAAAACAACGUCUAACUGCCUUAACUUCCCCAAUGAGUUUGGUGGCCUAAAAAUUCAGUUUGAAAGCCAAGUGUUUUAUCACUUAGCCACCUCUAAUUAUUUGUUGCUGUUUUUUUUAUAAACAUUCUGCUCUAGCUCAAUGAAACCUUCUUGACACUAAGAAUAUUAAAUAAUAAUAAGGCUGUCUUCAAUUCCAAAGAUUAGUGAGGAGUGCAGUAUUUCCUGUGAUCUUCAUAUUUUGCCACAUUCAAACCAUAAACGCAGCCAUAAACAUUGUCAUAACAUUAGCAAUUUAUAUGUUAUAUGUAUAUAUAUAAAUAUACACAUGUAAAUCCAGUACAUCAAAAAUACAUUCUUUUCCUAUCACUUUCAUCUAAUUAAUAAAUGAUGUUUAUCUAUGUUUGGCAGUUUCAAAUGUUGGUAUAUAAAACAAUUACCAAAUAUUGAAAGUUGAAUAUAACUGUCAAAGAAGCUGAACUGUAUAUAAUGAACAUAUAUCUCAAGGUAAAUCCCUGUAUUUUAGUGUUUCUUGUGUAUGAAGCAAAACAACUCAUACAUACAUGAAUGUGUGAAGAGCUGCGUGUAAUCAUAUUUUCUCAUGCUUGACUUGAAUUGUGAAUAUCAGAACACUGUACCAUGCUUUUGACCUUGUUUACAUAGUAGAUUCAUUAGUGACCUGUUUGCUUUUAAAGCUUUUUUUUUUUUUUCCUUCAUUGUGACAUGACCAUCAAUAUUCAUAUAUUCCAUCUGUCAUUUGAGUAUUGAUAUUAUACAAAGUGCAUUAAACAGCAUUAUUAAUGGC